UGGUUAGAUCUCUUUGCCGCCGGAGAUGAUCGCCGCCAUAAGAGCAGCGAUUCUCAAGCCACAGGACUGCUGCUCUCACCUCAAAACAGCGUUUUUCCAUUCUACUCCUAUCUUACAACGCAAACAUCAAUCCGAUUGGAAAGCUCGGAAUAAAAGGUUGGGAAGAAAGAGGGCAAAGCAAGAUUUGCGUCGUAAUGUGAAUUCUUUUGCGCAACACUUAUUUGGGGUAAAAAUCUCGACAUUUGAUGAUGGGUUUGAUUACUCUGGUAAACAUUCGUGGUUUCAGAAACAGUACUCCAGGGUUUCCAAAAGAAAUCGCAAGGGUAUACGCAUCCCUCAAAAUUUGGAUACAAGAUGUUUUGAUUUUAGCGGAGUUGAUGAUGGAUCUGAAAUUGAAUACUUUUUACGGAAUGCAUUGGGUGGAUCCCGGGGUUUCUCUUGGUCAAACACUCGUCAAGAGGGGGGAGCUCGCUCAGGGAGGUAUUCUUACAACUUUAGAAAAUCCUGGGGCUCGAGAUACCGAUUAGACGAAGAAGAAGAAGAAGCCGACGAGUAUUCUUCUAAAGAAUUUAGCGACACAGAACCAGUCCAGGAGUCUCAUCGACAAGCUCUUGGUUUGAGUUCCUCAGGUCCUUUAAACCUUGAAGAUGUCAAAAUGGCAUAUCGAGCUUGUGCAUUAAAAUGGCAUCCAGAUCGUCACCAGGCCUCUACCAAGAAUGCAGCCGAGGAAAAAUUCAAGCUCUGCACUGUGGCAUAUCAAUCUUUAUGCGAAAAGCUAGCCACAAACUAAUGGUGUAGUUUUUAUCACCUUGGGUUUUAAAAGACACAAUGAUAGGAAUUCAAUAGGCAAGUUGUUCAGAGAUCUCUUAUAACCUUUAGCUCAAGCAAAGUACCUCAGGUGGGGGUGGUGUGUAUUUAUCUCACAUAUGAGAUAUCACAAGAUCUUACUCUGACCACUCCACAGAUUUUGGAUUGUUGAACCCGGCUUCGUUGGUCAGAAUGAAUCACAUCGAAACCCUGUUUUACUCCAGCUUUCUUUGCUUAACAAUGGAAAGUUGGGACAAACUUCCAUUUGAUGAUAGCUACAUGCUGUAUUCAGGAUAUAGUUUUAAAUUUAAGUUCAUAUUAUUGGCUGGCACUUGGUUACAUGUAAUGCUCAGAGCAAUGCAGAUGAUCUUUGAGCUAAGAGAUUGAUGAAGACAUGCACAUCGAGGUCAACAUUUCAAUAGAUGUAAUAUACAUGUAUUGUAUUGUAUGAUUUUCACAUCGAGACAACAUGUUAUCCUUCACUAACAA